GCGGCCGCGCGGCCGGUUGGCCAAUGGGCUGUGUGUGUGGCGGCGUCGCCAUGGUGACGGGGCUGUUCCCGGGGAGGCUGUGAUGGGUUGACAGGUGCGUGACAGUCGGAGCUCUCUGCAGGCAUGUACGGCAAAGGCAAGAGCAACAGCAGCGUCCCGUCCGACAGCCAGGCCAGGGAGAAGUUAGCACUGUAUGUAUAUGAAUAUCUGCUUCAUGUAGGAGCACAGAAGUCAGCGCAAACAUUUUUAUCAGAGAUAAGAUGGGAAAAAAACAUCACACUGGGGGAACCCCCAGGAUUCUUGCAUUCCUGGUGGUGUGUGUUUUGGGAUCUGUACUGUGCAGCUCCAGAAAGACGAGAAACAUGUGAACAUUCAAGUGAAGCAAAAGCCUUUCAUGACUAUAGUGCUGCAGCAGCUCCCAGUCCAGUGCUAGGAAACAUUCCCCCAGGAGAUGGCAUGCCAGUAGGUCCUGUACCACCGGGUUUUUUUCAGCCUUUCAUGUCUCCUCGGUACCCUGGAGGUCCAAGGCCACCUUUAAGAAUACCUAACCAGGCACUUGGAGGGGUCCCAGGAAGUCAGCCAUUAUUGCCUAGUGGGAUGGAUCCAACACGACAGCAAGGGCAUCCAAACAUGGGUGGGCCAAUGCAGAGAAUGACUCCUCCAAGGGGAAUGGUUCCAUUAGGACCACAGUCUGACCCUUGGUUAUCAUUGCAGAACUAUGGAGGUGCAAUGAGACCCCCACUGAAUGCUUUAGGUGGCCCGGGGAUGCCUGGAAUGAACAUGGGUCCUGGGGGUGGCAGACCUUGGCCAAACCCAACCAAUGCCAAUUCUAUACCUUAUUCUUCAGCAUCUCCUGGGAACUAUGUAGGUCCUCCAGGAGGUGGAGGGCCGCCAGGAACACCUAUCAUGCCUAGUCCUGCAGAUUCAACCAACUCUGGAGACAACAUGUACACUUUAAUGAAUGCAGUACCACCUGGACCCAACAGACCUAAUUUUCCAAUGGGGCCAGGGUCAGAUGGACCUAUGAGUGGACUGGGUGGAAUGGAUUCACAUCAUAUGAAUGGAUCAUUAGGCUCAGGAGACAUGGACAGUAUUUCCAAAAAUUCUCCCAGUAAUAUGAGCAUGAGUAAUCAACCUGGCACUCCCAGGGAUGAUGGUGAGAUGGGUGGAAACUUCCUAAACCCUUUUCAGAGUGAGAGCUACUCCCCUAGCAUGACAAUGAGUGUGUGAUCCAUUAACAAGUCUCGCCGUGAAGACCACAGUGAGUUGGCCCUCUUCAGAGAGCUACUGCAGAAGAAAAUUAUUCAUCCCAGUGUACAGUUUAACAAAAGGAUCUCAGACACAAUUAGACCCACUAUUUUUUUUUCUACCAUGAUCCCUGUUUUGUCAAGAACGUGGGUCCCAAACAUGAUUGAGACAACUGUAAAGAGUGGCGUAAUAGAACUGCCCAAGAUGGAACUGCAAACCAUUAUCUGUGUAUGUACACAUGUGGGUUAACGUAUGUGUAUGUGUGUGUGACGUAGAAAUGCACACAUACAUAUAUAGACCUGCAGGACAUUGUAAAAUAUUAUCACAUGACAUCUUAAGUAGAAAUCAGAAGUAGGGACUCUAUUCCAUCCUUUUUUUUCACGUUUACAUUUUAAUUAUUAAAAUUUGCUUUCCCUCCCCCCUUCUGAACUGUUUUAUGUUGCAUAUAUCACUGCUUUAUAAGUUAUUUUUUAAGGUGAACUCAAAUGAUAAAUUCUUCUGAUUUUGUAAAUGUCAGCCAUUAUGGAUAGGAAUAAACUUGCUUAUAAGAGCUUUCAUUAACUUGUGUUUGAUACCAGUUACCCUGUGAAUCACAAACUGUACUGUCUCAAGAAAUAGAAGAAAGCUCAUCUUAAUUUUUUGGAGAAAUUUAAUAACUUUCACGUAGUUGGGUGAUUUUUUUUAAUAUACUUUGCCUUUAAAAAAAGAAGCACUGAAAGUUAUUUUUCUUCUUUAAUUGAAGCCUAAUAUCUGCAAUAUCUAUUUUAAAUGGAAGCCUGAAUUUGAUACAAGCUUCUCAGUUUAUAUAGAGUACUAUAAGGUUACUGUAAGUGAGCUCCAAUUGCUAUAGAAUCUAGCAAUAAAGUGUCAGGGCUGCUUCUGCCCUUGGAAAUGAGUUUUCUAUUUAGCAUGAUCUUCUGUAGGGGUGGUAGUUAGUGAAAAUACAAUAGAGUCCUUAUCACCAAAACUUUUUCUAACAAUUGACUAUUACAUUUCCCAUUUCCAGUGAUUCUCAACCAAACUGUAGCAAUCCAUGGCCCUAAUUAUAGACAGCGUGUCCAAGCCUAUUCAGAAAAUCAGAUCACCCUACUUCUUGGGUCUGCAUUUUUCACCACAUCUACCAGAAUGAAUUCCCCCAAAACUUGCCUGUAAGCAGUCUUUUUUCUUUUGAGCCAAAAUGAGGGAGUAAGUAAGCUUUUGAUGGCUACUAGGCUCACGGGGAUCUUGCUUUUUCCAUGAACAGAAGAGGACACAGGUCUGGGCCACUUUAUAAGGUCAGCCUAUUAGGCUUAGAAGCUGGGGCCAUAAUGGAGAAUAGGUGUAUGGUCUUAAGUGCUUACAGAAGAAAUCCCGUGUCUCUUCAGGCAAAGCUCUAAAAUCAAGAUUAUAGUACAUUUAGUUCCUACUUAUUUCCAUCCACCCCCUAGAAAACAAAAAUUAUCAGUUGUGGAUGAUUAGCGGUGUGGGCAUAAAGUGGCUAAAUAAAAAUUCAUGACAUAGGCAAAAAGCAUAGUCUCCUCCUUGGACUUUGCAUGUAGAAGACCCACUUAGCAUUAGUGGAGCAAUUCCAAGAAGUGGGAUAUGUCCAUGAAGUCUUAUAGGGAGACUUUUUCGCCAUGAACUUGUGAUAAAGAAGCAUAUGGAAUGGGCUCACUAUGAUGGUAGCCGCACAUAACGGGAUGUGUAAGGAGUACUACAAUCUUCUAAGUCCUUUUUCUUUGCAUAUAUUAUAUAAAUAUAAUAUAUGAAAAUUGAAAAGUAACACUUUUUACUCUCUUAUUAGUGCAACUCAAAGAUUAAGCUCUUGGAGGCUUAAAAUUAUGUUAAAAUAUCAAAGAUUUUAGUAGCACCAUUUUUUAGUAGUAAUAACCACUUUGAUUAGUUGCAAACAAAUCUAGACAGUCAUCACAUGGUUUUGUGGACUUUACUCCCAGUGAUUAUGAAGGUUAUAUUCAUUUGCUUAUCUUUAGAAAACACUUUAUUGAUGUCUCAAAAGAUGCUAGAAGCCCCUGCUAUUGAUUUGAGCUACCAAACCUCAAAAUCAGACCUAAUUUCCUCAGACCCUUUGCUGUUGUCCUAACACCAUUGGUUUCAGUGGUGGUAUUCCCAGUGUACCCUAGCUUCUCACAUAAGCGCUGCACAGGCCAGGUGUCCUUGCAGCCUGCAUUUGGUAUCUAUAUUAUCCUUGAUAGCCUUCUUGUAAGGACUUUAGGAUUCCUCUCUGCCCAGUUUUAGUCAGGUGAUAUCCCUGCUAUGAUAGAUGGAUAUGCUUGUACCAAAGCUCGUUCACACACCAGGUUAAGUGGGAGCUCCUACACCAUUGGGUACCCCUGUGCUGUCCCAUGCCAAGCUGGGGCUCCUGCAGGCAAGGAGCAGUGACGACAUCUCAUGGUGGCAUCAGUAAGAGCUCUCUUAAUGAGACAGAGUAAGUGACACUGCUGUGGCAAAAUUAAGCAGAGUCAGGACUUAAUAUGAAUCUGAGAAUUAAUCUUUUUUGUUUGAAAAUUUGGCAUUAUCUGCAAUAUUUUAGCUUAUAGGCACCUGUUAGGGAUGAAAGUCUGACCAAUUAAAUUAAACCUCUGCAAAGAAACCACUUCAUUGGAACUGCUAACUCAUAUUGAAUAUCAUUAUCAAAAUACAUUAUCCUAGUUUAUAUUCAAGAGCAUAGCAUCCUUUCAGGCACAUAAUUUUCCUUCUAUAGUUCUUUCGAACUCCCUCUGUACAGUUUUUGUUACUGCCGGUAUAUCUUUGUUUCCCCUUUCCCUUUCUUUUCCAAAACAUUUAUGUCAUUAAGCAUUGUUGCAUUGAUCCUGCAGCAUUAGUCUCCAUAAAUAGGUCUCUGGCUGUCAAAAUGAACACAAUCAGGCGCUGCUUCCCAAAGCUGAUCAUACAGUGCCCUAGUGCUGCAAGUUACUAGGUAUGUCCAGCACUUCUCAUACCUACCUAGCCCCACAGGCUGGUGGAAUUAAAGAGGUGCAAGCUUGCAAAAUUUUAGAUUUGGGAUAUUUGAUUGAAUACUUGUAUAUCUUCCUGUUACAAUUUUUGUCAGAUAUGAGGAAAUCUAAUCAUCUUGUUUUCUAUAAGGGAAUGCUUAGAUCCCUAUGCUUACACAAUUAAAGUAACUUACACAUACAUUGGUGACGUUAGGUGAUAAUAAUCAUACAUAGCUGAACCAUUAGAAAACAAUCAUGUGCUCAAAACUCAACUUCAAAAUUAUAAAUAUCCCUUUGGGAUUUUUAAAAUUUUCUUAAAUCUUUUUGCUUGUUUAUUUGUUUCCCUCCUAUUGCUUAUAAAGCCUUGUAGGAUUUUCAUAAUAUCUAGAGUAUUAAUGUGGAAGGAAAGACCAUUUCCAAGCACUGACUUUUUGCUCCUCCUCAAGUUUCUGAUGCACUAGAUACCAGUGUGUAACGUAAUUGCUGUUUACAUCUGCCUGUUGGCAACAGUGUUAUUGAUAAUGUCAGAACUUGUCCAGCUCUGGGAGGAAUUUUACUGUAAGUAGUGCAGGAUAAUUUUUCCACACUGGGUUGUUAGUGUGGAAAAGAUAGAUUUCUUUCUUUAAUACAGAAACAAGUAGAUCAUGAUUCUGUAAAUGGAUCUUUCAGGAAAGGUUAAAGUAAGGCUUUUUGAAAGCAGAAGUGAUGAAAUCUUAACGCAACAGAAAUAGGGAGUAAUGGGUCUGUCAUACUGUAAGAACUUGGACAGAACUCCGCCUUGUAGAAUCAUCUGAAACUGAGAUUCACAUGUGAACAUCACAGUGAAACCACUGCUGCAUAAACCUAUGAAAACGAGUAUUCAUACUCAGAUUUUGUUUCCAUAUCUAUGUCUUAAAUAGGCAGGAGCAGGAUUUAAGGCAAGAAGGAAGAAGCUGUAUGGAUCACAUGUGGCCUGACACAUACAUUUAAAAAGUACCUGAGUAUUUGCAUAUAUGGGUUGCAUAUUUUUUUAAGUUGCCCAAGCAAGAGGAAGAACUGCGGCUGCACUCCGUGUGCACUCCCUCCACUGUAGAGUGAGUUUGCUGGAUGUAAAAAAUGCGGCAAUAAUCUGGAGACUCAUCUUUGAUGUAGCAUGUGCUACCUAGUGACAUAAAUGUGCCUGGGCUUGACUCAAGAGGCAUCUCCAAUUGUCGGUCCCCAGCUCAGACAGUUGUCCAUCACCCCUUUGGCUAAAACUGCAUCUGCCAUUUUUUAUUUGGAAGUCUACUGGUGGCAAAGUCCAGACCACCAAUAGGUCACAUAGUCAGAAGUGGUAACAACUUUCAAACUUAGCAGCCUGCUCCCUUUACCAGAAGAUUAAAUUCCCCGUGUCCCAAGACAUCCAGCUGUUGCUGUCCCUUGCAACAGGAAUACACAAUGAGAAAUACAUAGGCUAAUUAUUUAUGUUGAAUAGUUCAAAUUAGGAAGAAGUGAAUAGAAUCUUCCUUCUUUAUGGUUCGCAAUUCACAUAUCAGAAGGACAGGUUCUUGAACUGGCUAAAAAUCAUUUGAAUUUUCCCUUGUUCUGUGACUGGCAAAUGAAAUACUGCACAUAAAGAUGAUUUGGAAUUAGAUGGGUAAUUUGGUGAGGGAGCAGCUGUUACAAUAUUCAUUGUUGACCACUUUAUUAGUUUUUUCCCUUUACCAAUCAAAAUCACUUUUCAGAUGAUAUGUGUUGCCGUACUGGUAAAUUUGGGGGUUUUAUGUUCGCUGUAAGUGAUGAUUUAGCCAUGAUACCUGUCCCAAACACACUUGGGUUUGGUUGGGGCCUAAUGAUUGGAAAGCUGACAAAGCACAUCUUUCAAUUGCAACCCCAAAAACUCUUUCAGCAAUGGCAACUCAUUUGUCUUCAAACUGAUCACAUUAAGGAUUUAAUUCAAGAUUUAAUGAUACAAAACAACUAUAAAAAUUCAGUACACUUGGGGAUAAAUUAGUUACAUUUAAACUUCAGCACGUGCAGUUUCCUCUACUUUCCAUACAUGAUUAUCUCUGUUCUAUAAGCUUCUGUGCCUGGCAGUUUUCUUGCUCAAACUCUGGUAAAACCACCCACAUAAGGUCAUUUUUUUUUGGUGGAAUUUCACUCUGAUCUGGGUGGAAAACAUAAUUUAUCUGAGGUGUGACAUUUUUUGGCAGAUAUAUAAACUGAGGAAAUAGAGGAAAAUACAGAGGGUCUGAUGAAAUUAAUCAAAAUUAUGUUUCAACCUGAAAAACAGGAAAAAAGUCCCUAUCUAAAACACUGCUUUGGGCACAUGCAUGCAAAUUUUCUGCCAGUGCUAUUAUCUUGAAAACAAAUUACAGUAAAAAAUUUAGAGAAAACAAGUGGAUCGUGUACUCAGCACAUUAAAACUCUGAUCCUGCAGAUGCAUUCACUUUUGUUUAAAGUACAUAGUCAGGUUUAAACAGAUUUAAGAAUAAAGUAGUAUCCUUCAUGAAAGCAGGACUGCUAAUAUGUUAAAAACCAUGCUCAAGUGUGGGCAGUCUAAGAAGUUCAAAUUAAGUCUUCCCUAAAUGGACAUUAUUUUAAAGAUUUUACCAAUGCGGGAGCAUGUUUAUGUAUCUAAUAGUGAUACGUGGAACAGAUUUGGCUUUCUUCUGUUUCUUAUUUUAUUAGAGCAUUGUUCACUCCGACAUGAGCUGUUUUUGUGAACUUGUCCUUCCAUCUUGUUUCCAGUUGUGCAGCCAUAGUUCCCUCAACAUAGCUAACAGCUUUGCAAUUUUAGUCCAAACUUCUGUUUGGUCACUGUUCUUCAUUCAAGCUUAAAAUAUGUAAGAAAGCCUCUCAUGUAAUGGGAAAACUUGCCAUAAAAAUGUAUAAAGGUUUUCUUGAGUACAUGUUUUCACAUUUAAUAAAAAUGCAAUUUUCAGUUAUAAUUUGAAAUGGUCACUUUCUAGCCACUAAUUUCAAUGUGCACAAGAAAUUGAGAACACAAAUUGCUUUUUUUAAAAAAAUAAAAUAAAAUUCAGCAUCAUAAAUAUCUGCUGAAGGACAUGGUUUGGGGGAAAUCAGAUCAAACCAAGAUUUACUACCUACUCGCUAUGAAUAAUACAGCUGGACUGUAUGUUGAAAACUCCUUCCACAUCCCCAAAAGUGGAUUGCCUGACAUCUGAUAUCUGUGACUUUGUAAAAGCCUAAUUCACAAAUAGUCAUUUCAUUUGUCUGUUCCGUGUUUUCACUGUAUCUCAUGGAUGAUUCAGAGUGCCCCUUAGCUGUGCAGGGUUUUGUGGUUGUGGCUCUCAGAGGAACCAAGUGGUCAAGCAGGCUUGUUCACAAGGUCUGGUAACUAAGGACUGGGUAAUAUAUCCCCAGGUGUGCGCUCAGAAACAAGGUAUUGGUACACUACCUCGCUGUUCCCUUGAGAACUGGUGCAGCUCUUGCUGUCAGUUCUGAGGCUCUCUUGAUGUUUCACAAUGCUGAGACAAGAAGCCUAAUUUUGCCAAGAGAAAAUUCUGGCAGUUCAGCACCAGUUUUCAUAGGGAAUCGGCACAAAACAUGGGGAUUUUUAUUUUCUCAAUACCCUGGGUGUACUAGGAAAUAGACCAUACUAUUUAGAAGUUUGGUCUGUUGUGGAGAUAUAUACAGUUCCUCAGAUUAGAAGGGAAUUGCAACCAUGACCAAACCUACAUUUGUCCCUAUAGAGUGAAAUCAUCAGUAAUCGUUUUUGAUGUGAAGAAUUAUUGCUGUGGAACAACAGCUCCAAUCCUUGAGGAGCCAAAUUAUCAACUGGAUGAACUGGACCUUUGUAUUCCGUUGUUUAAUCUUCGUGUUUUCUUCUCUUUCAUUUGGAUUUUCCCAUUAAAUGCAUCAUGCCAGACCUUUGCACAAAAAUCUGAACAAUUUGCCCAAUAAACUUACUGAAAGUCGCUCACAUAUGUAACUAGAGCCCUACUAGAGAGAGUUUGUUUCAUUAGAGACACUGGGUGGAACAAGAAAUAAGGGGUGACAGUGCAAUAUCCUGAGAGCACUUACUCUUUGAUGUUAGGAAAUUUAACAUCUCGCAAACUCAUAUAAUAGAUGAGAUGAUUUCUAACAAUGACAUAAAAUAGCUUGAAACAAAAGCCCAGCAUCUUUCAUGCAGAUUGGAGGGAAACAUCUUUCAUUGAAGUAGAAGUUUACUGAAGCUAUAAUUUUCUAGAAGAGCUUAAAAAGUAUGUUACUGAUAGCAAGCUUGUUAGCAGCAAAACUCUCUUUUAAUGCAGAAGUGCAUCCUGCAGAGUCUAAUCCCCAGCAGAGAGAUUGUGCUGCUUGAUCUAGGCAAGGGACUAGGACUGUCCCAAUGGACAAGGGACUGCCACAUCCUCGAGCCACACCUCUUGUUACAGGUGAGCAAAGUGCUUCCAGUGCAUGUCAAAAUCUGUCUCUAAUGGGAGCACAGAGCACAUCCAACAGUUUAGUGGAAAGGAAAAGCAGUGUUUGCUAAAUUGUUGUCUAUAAACAUGAUGUUCAAAAGCAGCUAUAAGCUGUUCCCUGGCCUAUUUUCAUUUUUCUGAUUAACUCCUAGUUUUUAUUUCAUUUACAUUAGCAGUUAAGGAAGAGAAUACAACUUCCCAAACUAGGGCUGAAAUACAGACAUGAAAGAAUGGCAUGAGUAGUGGAAGCUGGAGUUUUCUGAUAGUUUCUCAAGUACAUUUUCAAUUUUUUUUUUCCAGGACAAAAAUCAUCCAUAUAAUAUCCUUUUUUAGCCUCGUAGUGGCUAUUUGAGAAGUGUGAAUCAAAAUGCUGUAUAUGCUUAGAGACCAAUUUUGAGGGCUUUUUUUGUGGCAAGUAUCCCCUUGCAAAAAUGUUGCAGUGUGUCUAUUUUGUGCAUGUUUGCCUAAAACCACAAAAACGAAUCAACUUUUUUAUGGAUUGCUGUACAUGCAUCUGGCAAACACUUGUUUCUGGUGGGAAGAGGAAGAUUUGAUAAGCUGGUGGGUUUGCAUUUUUAUGUGAAUUACUUAAAGCAUUGGUAAACUAUUGUCAACUUUGUUCACAUUGCACAAGAUACUCUGUGUACUGCUGGCAUUAUAACCUCCGUGAUCCAUGCAUAUUCUGUAAAUUCCUGUAGGUUUUGUGUAAGAAACCUUGUCACCGUUGCUUACUACUGUAAAUCCUUGUUUUGAAGCAAGAGGUGGCUUUUGAUUGUACAGCCUUGUGUAUUAUAUACUACAACAGUACUUGUUCUGUCCUCAAAACUUGCUGUUCACAUAUAGUUAAAGAUUUGUUAAGCACGCUUAGUGGUUUCAGAAUUUAUUUCAAACAGCAGAUAUAUAAGCCAUUUACAGGAAUAUUAAAUGUUACGCAAGACAAUUCCACCCCGUUCAUACCGUUCCUGAGAGAUUGGGGCUGGAUUUGAGCAGUCGGCAGGCAGCUGCAGGCUAGCACACCAGGUGGCUGCAUGCUGGGGGUGCAGCAUAUGCCUUCCAACUGCGGCUGCCUGCGAGCCUGAGAUCACACCCUGUGCAGGGAACUGCACAGGAGGACAAGUCUCUCCUCUUGCUGUCCCCCCAGCCAAGGUACCUUUGGGACCUCAGCAGGCUGUCACAGAGAGCCACCAGCCUACAGGCUUCCUUGCACUAAGUGAGCAAAGACAUACUAGCUUUUUCCCUGGUGUCUCUCUGUUUUGUUUGAGUUUGGAUUUUUGGGGUUUUUUUUCUAAAAAUGGCAUUAGUGCCAGUACAGAAACCCAUCUCUAAGGGUAUGCAGUGGGUAAAGCACUGCCUCCGUACUGUGUCCUCAUCCCAGCUGCCACAGGCUUUACGUGAGGCAAUGUUUUAAGAAUUUAAUUCUUUGUCUGAUUAUGGAGAUAGAAAAAUAAUCUGAAUUCUUGAAAUCUGGAUUCUUUUUUAAUUAGUGUUUUAUGAGAUACAACAAAGACAUGAAAAUGUGUAUGUGUUCUUUACUGGUUUCUGACAUCAUAAAUUCAAAUCCUGUCUAGACUGAGACAAUGAUGGGGAUUGUGAAAAAGCUGGGAAAGUUGAAGGGGAUUCUUACUUGUAUUAUUUUAAGUUCUGUGUUUUAUUUGUUUUUAUUGAUAGUUUAAAUGACUAAGUUAAUCUUUUGAAUAAAGGCAGUCUUUGUUAA